GAUGCGGCUCGCUUUUUGUUUUCGGCGAAUGUUUAGAAACUUUGGGUUCCGGACAGUGUGGUGGGCCAGUGCUUUAUGACAUUUGUUGCCCAGCUUCCGGUGCUACCGCGCCGUACUUGGAGCAAAGGUGUGUUUUCAAAAGUGCCUCAUCGAGGUGGAGAUGCAGAAAUGCAGCUGCGCUUUCUACACCCGAGAGCUCUCACCUUCCUUCACCACCAAGAUAUGCUCGCUCACUCAAAUGAAUGACUGUAUCGCUGAAACAAAGGACAGCGGCCACUACGACCACUGCGAGACAGCCUGUGACCUCGCUUGCAAGGAAACCGAGUAUGAUGCGAGGCUGGCUGGUUUCUCAAAAUAUCAGGGUCUCAACGAAACAACGGGCAAGUUUGGACUGCACCUGAGCUUCGCCACAUCCGCCGUUGAAGUAUUUCUCUACGAGCCGGCAAUGAAGGUGGAGGAGGUCUUUGGAUACGUUGGGAGCUACCAAGAGAUUUGGCUGGGAAUCUCCAUGGUAUCUGUCGUGUUCUACGCCUCGAGGUCGUGCAAAAACCUCCUGAGUGACCCCGACAAUACGUACAGAGCGAUCUUCAGCCACUUUUGGCCCCGUCCGAAGAGCAGCCGGGUGAUUUCUCUGAAAGUUGGUUGAGCUAAUUGAAGUCACAGCGGAGGACCGACCUGGCAUCGUAUCGCAGUGAGGCACAACAAUAUAAAUAGUAUGUUUCUCACUAUAGAGGCUCUCUUUCGCUGUUCGGUUCUAAUAGUUGCUCGAGUGUUUGCGUGUUAUUGCAUUGGUCACGAAGUUGUGGAAAAUGCUGACCAUGCAGAAUAAUAUUUCUCUGUUCAACUUUAAUAUUUUCUUAAUCUUGUUUUCGCUAUCGUUUGUACAAGUUGUGUGAUACAGGCUCUUUUCCGUUUUGAAUAGAGUUACAGAAAACCACCUUGACAUUAUAUAAUGCCAUGAAUGUCAAAUAAACGACCAUUUUCCUGAAUUUAGAUUUUCAUUGGAUAAGCUUAUUUUGUUAUAUGUCCAUAUUUCUGUGCUAUUUAUUGUACUGUUCAUCUCUGUUUUACCUUGCAAAAUCUUUAUGUAUAUGUAUUACCAUUUGAAUACGUUUUCAUUCUUGCCCAUUGUUCAUGCUGGAUUAAUUGCACCUGAUGUGUGCCUUGUGCUACGCUGCUGAACUGCGUGCGAUUCAGAAUUGAAUUGAAUUGAAUUUUAUUCUCCUUGAAACAAAUACACAAGGAAGGAGCAGCCACAAAAAGCUACUGAGAUUAAUAGCUUGACGAGGUGGCUGCCCCUUUACACAGCAGCAGCAGCAGUAGUUAUGAAACAAUUUUCGUACAAAUGAAGACUUGUCUAGCUGCGUUGGACUUUUUCUUCUGACGCUCUGUACUUCUUUAUUAAAGUUGCAAUAAAGUUAUUC